GACAUACACCACCAAUAGAAACACAUGCUGCUAGCUGUGGGCACCCUGCCAAACAGUUGGGUGGCAUGCAAUGAGCAGUCUCUCUGCAUCCGUUUUCGGUGUAUUUACUAAAAUGUGUCACACAUCUAGGAUUUCUUAAGCCAAGUCAAACUUCUACAAAGAAAGUCUUUUCAGAACAGAACUUGAGACUGUGUAAUAAGAGGUCCAUGUGCAUCUGCACUGGUAGUGAUUUAGGGCUGUUUGCUACAGUGUUAAUGUUUGCAUGUAUGAGUGAAUCUCACGGAAGCUGAUAAUGGAAAGAAAGUCGUGGUUACUACUCAAACUUUCUAUGGCUCUCCUAAUAUCAGAGAUGGGUUAACUAGUGUAUCUUAAUGCUUUGGCUAAGCAACAAGCAGUCUUGGUGGUGUCUUUUAAAGUUCUUAUGAACUGAAGAUGCACUGGUCCCUUUAGGUUUGACAGAGUCUCAUGUCUGUACAUGUCCUCCUUGUUUUCUCUGCACUUCCAAUGUGCUUGCAUGUUUACAUAGUGGCUCCCCUGUGAACACUCAGUCUUUUCUGCUUUUCCCUAAUACAUGCACUCAUGAAAGCAGGAAUUGUAUACUGGCAUCACCAACUGAGAGCAUUUGUCCCUUGGUUAUUUUAUUGACUUCCUAAAGCUUUGGCAAUAAAAUUGCCUUUGGUAGGUCAGCACCCGAUUGCAUGCUUCUGAAGGAGUAUUUGUGUGUAUGUCACGCUCUCUCUCCCAUAGUAAACUUUCUUGUUAUAUUCAGCUGCUGACCCAUGGGGGGCAAUAAGAAAUGAUUUAUAACCAUGGCAACAGUUGCUGUGGGAAACUGUGAUCAACAAGAAUCUUUCAUGUUCACAUCAAUGAGUAUAUUAAAAAUCCUUCCACUCUGAGUCGGACAACACCAUUUGUGCCACUUUAAAAAAAAAAAGAAGUUAUGGAGCUUCCCAGGACCAGGAGCUGAGCUGCUGGCAGAGGGUGAAGCUGCUGGGAAGUGGGAGUUGCUGCAGUCAAGACAAUGCAGAGAAAAGAAAAAAGGACCAGGAGCCAAGCUGCUGGCUUGGGGAGGCAGAUAAAUAGCACAGACUAGAAUCUGGCUUUUAGCAACACUUUGUACUCUCAAGUGCUUCACAAGGCCUCUGGACAUUACAAGGAGAAGGUGCCAACAGCAGCAGGUCCAGUGAAAAGCAAAACAGCAAAUAGCCUCUUAGCUGAAAAGAGCCCUUCUGAACAAACACAUGGCAACACAUGAUGAUUUCACAGCAGAUAAGUACCGAGCCCCUGUUGCAGUAUAUUGUGGGAGCGUCCCCAAAGUCAAAGCCCGAUACAGAUCACUGCGAGGGGGAAGCAUCGAUUCAAACUUGCAGCUGAAUGGAAGCAGAUGGACGACAGCAGAUGAAGCCUCUCUUCAGUCUGUAUUGAAAGUCCAGAUGAAGAAACAGUCAUAUUUGUGGAGUAGAGAUGAGGACCCACUGUAUCCUGGGGCCAUUUCCUCUCUGGAGGGCUCGGACAACCCCACCUUGGAACAGGAUCCCAAAGAACUGGAGGCAAGCAAUGCAGCCAUGGAAACUGCUCGGAUCAAGGACAAGCUCAAGAAGAGGAGGAUCUCUGAGGGCUUAAUUGCUUCACACAGAGGCUUGCUUGUCUCCAGUGGCCCCAACGGGGUUGCCCUGAAGCCAGCUGUUUCCAGAUCUGCCUCUCAAAGGUUGCUGCUAACUUCCAAGCCCAUGCCUCCCAUUCAGAGCAUUCCUACCUCACCAGAGGCCAGCGGGCCAGAUAAAAGGGAGCAGAAGACCAUGGAGAAUAGUAUGAUCAGCUGGGGCCACCGCAAGAACCACACUCAUCUGACUCCAACUUCCCAAGAGUACUUGCAUAGCAAUGAUGAGAAGAGGAGAAAGUCAUUAGGUGCUGCUUUGAUUCCACCUAUCGCUAAAUCAGCAAGACCACGUAUUGGAAACUCUCACAGUGCUCCGAUGCCUCUCUCAAGUUCUCAGCAAAUGGACCAGACUGCUCUCACUGUACAGGAGUCUCCUGAGCUAAGAUCAAGGCCAGAUAGCAACGCUGAGGAGAAGAUCCCUAAAUCGCUGGAAUUCAGAAAUCUGGAACCCAUUUUGACUGCUCCCAAAAAUGGCUUGACUGGUAGCCUGAAGCCUGCUGAAGAUUUACUGCCAUUAACAACCCUCUCCCUCAGUCAGGCCAAGGAGACAGAACUGCUAUCACAGCCUCACUUAAAGGGUGAUGAUUGGAAGGAGAUCAAUGGAAGGAUCCAUGUCCCAAUAUCCAAGUCAGCUCAGGAGAAAAUGCGCCAGAAGCAAAUGAAAGAGAUGGAGCUUUUGCGCAGAGAGAGGGAGAAGGAAAAAGAGAGAGAGAAGGAAAGUUCUCUGCAGCUCCAUGAUGAACUGAACAGUCUUGACCCAGGGGCUACUGCUCAGGAAGUCUCAACAGGCUCAACAGGCUUUGGCCCACUUAACACCAAUGGGAACAUCUCCAUUACACCCAACAUGAGCAACCCAUGCAGAACCAGUGUUGGCAUUGCCUUAAAGAAACGGAUCAACAGGCCAUCUCUGCCUAGUAUUCCCAUCAUCAAUCAUGACAGCAGCCACCUGCGGCACUCAUCAGCUAACUCCCUGCCAGCAAAUACUCUGGAUUCCCAAGAGGGGGAGGAGGAAUCUGAAAGUGUGGAUGCCUUGGAAAUGAGACCAUUCUCUCACCCGGAUCAAGGACUGGUUGAUGCUCUGAAGUGGCUCAACUGCAGUGACUGGCUGCUGAAGGAGAAAGGACUUUCCAGCAUCAGAUGCCUGGCUACUUGCCAUUCAGAAGUCCUCCUUUGUCAACUUCAUGAUGUUUCCUUGGCUGUUACCAAAGAGGUUAGCAACCUCCGUUCAAAGGUGUCUCGCUUUGCUAUCAACACCCUUGGUGAGCUCUUCAGGACCAUGAAGAAGCACAUGGACCAGGAAGUUGAGGAGAUUGCUCGGGUCCUGCUCCACAAGACAGGAGAUUCCAGCGAGUUCAUUCAGAAAGCAGCUGAUCAGACCCUGGACAUCAUGGUGGAGAGUGUGACUCCCAUGAGAGCAAUGGCUGCCCUCAUGGCCCGUGGAGUAAACCAUCGUAACCCCCUUGUUCGAAAGUGUGCCGCUGAACACUUACUGACUGUCAUGGAACAGAUCGGAGCUGAGAAACUUCUGUCAGGCACUAGAGACAACACAGAGCUACUGGUCCAGACUCUGGUGAAGCUCGCUCAGGACUGCAAUCAAGACACUAGAUUUUACGGCAGGAAGAUGCUGAAUGUGUUGAUGCCUCAUCCAAAAUUCGAUGGGUAUUUGAAACAGUCUAUCCCAUCACAUACCUUGCGUGAUGUUAUGGCAACAAUAAGGCAGAAAGGGAUGGAAGACAAUGUAUCUGAACCCCCUUCUGCCAAAGGUCGCAGGGAGUCUAGGAACAGCAGCUUGACCACCUCCCAGGACAGUCUGCCUUCUGAUGAAGGGUCCAGAUCAGACAUUCUAGCACCAGCACAGACAGUGGUUCGUCGCUCAUCUCUCCGUAGUGUGGAAGCAAUGGAGCAGCUCAAGGAGCUGAACAAACUCCUGAUGGCCAAGGAGUUUCAGACACGAAUGGAGGGAGUAACGCUGCUGGGGGAGCACUGCAAGAACAACCCCCAGUUCAUCUCCUCAAACAUUGUCCAGAUUUUUGAUGCUUUUAACCUGAGGCUUCAGGACUCCAACAAGAAAGUGAACCAGCAUGCACUAGAUUCAGCUAUCUUCAUGAUCCCUAUGCUCAAAGAUGGCUUACAUCCAGUUGUGGUCUCCAUGGUGACGGCUGUCACUGAUAACUUGAACUCUAAGAAUUCUGGGAUUUAUACUGCAGCAGUGAGGGUGCUGGAGACAAUGAUUGCUAACUUAGAUAAUACAUUGCUCUUACAAGCGUUUGCCAGCAGAGUGCAGUUCAUCAGCGGUCGAGCCAUGCAGGACAUCACGGAAUACCUGUCAGCACUUGUAGCAUCUGUCUACCCUCGGAAACCCCAGGUUGUGGAACGUCACAUCUUGCCCGUUCUCUGGUAUUUUCUGAACAACAUGAUUGGAAAUGGGGUGUUACCCGGUAAGAGUGGUAAUGUCAGGACUGUGGUCUGCAAGCUUGCUAAAAGUCUGUACAAAGAAAUGGGACACAGCCUAGAAGAUCAUACUUCCAGCCAACCACAACAUGUGAAAAAAUCCCUCUGGGACCUUUUAGACAUAGAACUCCAGUGAAAAGAGGCCCAAUGGCCUUCAGGACAGUUUACAGUGUGGCACUUGAUGAGGUGGAUAAAUGAAGUGUUGGACAUUAUACUGGCAAUGAUUUUAUUCUAUGUUUUUGAAGAAAGGAAUAAGUUCAUAGAUCCAGAUGUAUAUAUUAUAUUUUGAAGUAGAAUUAAACAAAUAACAUAUUUUUAUAAGGUUUUAUUUCCUGAGCUUUUGUUUCUGAGAGAUUUUACAUAGGUCUUUUAAAAACAAUAAUCGUAUAAAUGUGACUUGAAAUUGUGUAAAAAAGAAAUUUAUACACAGACAUAUUCAGGGAGGGACAGGUGGGCCUUACACAGGAGAGAGGGGGUAGAGUGGAUGAUGCACCCCAGAAGCAGAGAGUGAGCGGCAAAUACUUCAGUCUGAGAAAAUAAAUUGAGUGAGGAAAAGAAAAUAUGCUGCCCCCAAGAUACAAAAGGACAAUGUCUCCAUUGGAGCUGGGAGACUUGCACUAGUGGGACUCAAGGUAGCAUGCUGAAAGUAGCACUUUCAGCUCAGGCUUGAGCUUGGGAUUUUUUAACAUGCUUGUUAGAGUGCCACUAGCAUGCAUUUGCCUGUGUGGGCUGAGAAGCUUGUUUUCAGUCAUAAUGUAGACAUACCGAUAAGAGUUUGUGGAAAGGGGGGGAGGGGUUAAAGAAGAGAGGGGUGGAGCCCUGGAAGUGGAAAAAGUGAUCUGGGUCUGUAUCAGAUCUGAAAAACUGAGCACUCCUACAUAUAUUCACACAGCCGUGAAGGUAGGAGGGAAAGAAAGAAGAAGGGAUAUAUGGGACCCUGAAUACAAGCAGAGUGAAGCACUGGGGUCCCAGGAGAGCAGAAACAUAGAAAGACCUUGAAAAGGGAGUCUUGCCCAUUAAGUGAGAAGGCCAAAAAGCAGCACAGAAGGACCCAGCCAAAGAGGCACAUGAGUCUGAGAAUUUUACAUUUAUUUAUGUAUUUAUUUUUUCAUACCUAAAGCAAUACAGUAGUUUUAACUCUCUAGCAUUCUGUAUUAUUUUUCUACGAAUUCCCCUCCAUCCUCCCAUCAAGCGCUUUUAUUACAGUAAAGAAUGGGCGAAAUGAUUUGAACUUCCUGAAAGUGUUUCAGAUUCACGUAGCACCAGGAACUCAGAAUCCCUUGGAACAUGCUAGUGCAUCCUCUGAGCCAGGAAUCUAGUUCUGAAGCAUUAGAGAGUGCCCUGGAACUUGCCACCUUCAGAUAUCUUCUACAGCACCCAGGAGCUUAGUGUCUCCAGAGGUGUUCUAGAGCCCCUAGGAACUUGGAAUUUUGUCUAAAAACGAGGUGGAAACGGCAUAGCUUAGUGUGGUGUGUAAUUGUUUUUAGGGAAGGAGCAAGGCACUGCAGAAAACCCCAAAUGCCAAAAUGCAGAACAGAGGCUUCUCUGAGAAGUGAUACAGUUAAAGAAUGGUCUGAAUUAAAUAAGCAAAGCCUGCAUUACAUUUACUCCUGCAACCAAGUUGGGCUUGCUCACUAUCUAGAGUUUAUUUUAAAGGUUGGGUUUGGCUUUUUUUGGUAGGUGUAGUGUGUUCUGAGAUCCCCUGUAUCUCCUUUCCUCAAUCUCAAAGUCCUCUCUUCUCAUAGUUUGCCUCUCUUUAGGCACGACCCCUCCAGGGCCUGUUAAAUGCUGCUCAGUGUGGUCUGCCUUUUCACUGCUGAAUAAAUGUUCUUUGUUUUAGCUGCUUCUUCAGCUUCUCUCUAGCCCUUAGGGAUACAGUGGGCUGCUUAGGUACUUAGGAGAAAAGAGGCUUUUGUGUUUAGCAAAAGAAACUCCUCAGAGUCUGUUUUAUUUGUUCAGUAGUAGGAUCAUGGAGUCAAAUUAAAACGUAACUUAUGUAACUGGCUUUAACUUGCUACUGGCCUGGAAUGUUGCUCAUGUGUAUAUUGUUUCACAUGAUUGAUGGGAAUAAAGUGCUUCCUUCCAGUACUUUGGUU